AAUAAUAGACAGCCACACUGCUGCAAUGCAGAAAUAAAAUAAAAAAUUAUGUUAUUUUAUAUUUAUUAACUUUGCAAGACAUUUUUUAUGAACUCAACUUGAGAUAGAAGAGAGGUCAUCUCCAACUUGCCGCCAUGGACACUAAUGUCAACCCCCUGGCUGUAAUCCUCGUUUACUUCGAUAGCAAGGGAGACCGGCUGUUGUAUAGAUAUCCCUACCAAACACUUGGCCAAACGGAGGAGGCCAGCGAUGAGCAGAGGAAGUCCAGGAAGCGCAAUCCCUAUGCCGUGGCCCAUGUGGACGACCUCCUGCAGACGCCCACCCACUUGGGAGCUUCCCAGGGCCAAGGACAGCUGCAGGGAUUCGCCGAUGAGGUGCUGUCGGCUCUAUUUGCUGUGAAGCCACAGCUGUGCAAUCAGAAAUUUGAGCUUAAACUGAACGACGUGCGUUUUGUGAGCCACCCCACGCUGAUUCCCCAACGGAGUGGAGCCAUGGCCAAGCAGCAGAUGCUCAUCAACAUCGUGUUUGCGCUCCACGCCCAGGCCAGCUACUCGAUUGUGAAGUGCUACCAUGAGCUGAGCAAGCGCCUGGGGCUGGCUCUAAAGUUCGAGGAGCAGCGCAGUGGCUAUGUCACCGAGCAGACGGCCCACAUGGCACGCACCCACGACGAGCAGCAGCAACAGCCGCUGGAACGGACUCUGGAGCUGAUUGCAGAACGUUGUAGUUUGGCGCAGGCCCUUCGCUCCAUCUUCCACGAUCUGUGCACCACCGGACUACUGAGUACCUCGCUGAAUCACAAUCUAACGCUGUGUUUCUGUCUGCCGGCCAAGGCACACCAGCUACACAAGAAGGGAAGCAUGGUGGAUCCGGAGACAAUUGAUCGUUGUCUUCGUGCCCUGAAACCCUAUCACGGCAUGCUGUUGCUGGUCGACUUUGCAGAGCUGCUGGACUGCGUUCCACCGACGGGGGCACGGAUGCUGUGGCAACUUGUGGACGCCUACAACCCACUGAUCAGCCUCCAAAGCAUGGCCUCCAAGGCGGACUUGAGCAUCGAGCAUGUCUACAAGCUGGUCUCGCAUUUAGUCUACUGGGCCAAGGCUACUAUCAUAUAUCCUCUGUGCGAGACGAACGUUUAUGUGAUCGCACCAGAUGCCCCAUUGCAUACAAAAUCUCAUCUGGUGGAGAAGUUCUCCGCUCGUUUCGCUGGAAUGUCACUGUUCGAGGUGAUCUCGGAUUUCUCGCUGCCCACGUCGAUUGGACAUUUGACAACGCCCCUGCAGCAGCCGGCGCGACAGGGUAUUCUCGCACAGAUGGUCAUUUGGAUGCUGCAGCACCAUUUGCUCAUGCAGCUGCACACGUACGUUCAGUUUAUGCCCAGCGAGGAUGAGUUCGGAGACUCGGCCUCCUGCAGCAAUCAUCUGAGGGAUGCCGUUAGCGAUGAGGAGGGAGAGCAGGAGCAGGAUGUGGAUGAGUUGCACGAGGGCUCCAUGUUGAGCAUGUCCAGUCAGCCGCUUCCAGUGCCAGCGGUCUCAAUCGGUGGCCAUCGACGUGACGCCUCCGAGGACCACUCUUCCCUGGCCUCCGACAACAUCGCCGUGCAACCUUCGUCCAGCCAUAAGUCCAACUUCAGCAUCACCGCCUCGAUGAGCACGGAUAACUGUGACAGCCUGGACUCCAUGGAGGACGAGCAGAAGCUGAAGGAGCUGCUACAGGUCUUCAGCGAUGCGGAUCGAGCCGCAAUCCGGCGCAUUCCCGCUUCCGCCAACGUCGACGAUCUCUCGCUGCUGGUAAAGCUCUACCAGAUGGGCUACUUUAAAAGCGAGCACCACCUGGAGGAGAUCAUGUACUUCGAGAACCUGCGCCGUUCGCAGCUGCUGCAAUUGCUGGACAAGUUCAGGGAUGUGCUCAUCAUCUACGAGACCGAAGAUCCCGCCAUCGCAUCCAUGUAUAACAAUACCAAGUAGAUUUGGUCGAAUUUUGCAUUCCUAGAAGUUAAAGUUGAAUGUUUGUGUUAGUUAAUUAAGAUAUGUAAUCUAUUAAAUAGAAAUGCAUACAGUUUGUAAAGUCUUCAAAAGAAAACCAAAUUAAUUUUCGGUUGCACUAGCAAAAAUAAAUAAUUAUUUACUAUUCUAAGCGGCUAGG